AUGGAGGACGAAGAAGACGAUUUCUACGAUCCCGCAGACUCUGUGCCAGCUGGCCAGGCACAGAACAACACCCACAAUGCAGCCUCAGAGCAAUACCAGGACGGCUACGAGGACGAGGAAGAAGAAGAGGUCGAAGAUGACGAUGACGACUUCAAUAUUAUCACAGAAGCGCCCGCCGAUGCGCCUCCACCAGAGAUCUCUCAUCCGCGCCAUGCGAGCUUACGACAAGAGCCACAGCGCCCCCCCUCAGCAGAUUCCUCGAUAAUUUCCAAGUCCGCGACACCUACUGCUACUCCUCACCUCGAUGUCUCUACCCCCGUACCCGCGGCGGCGGCCGCCUCAAUCGCGAAACAACAGACCGUGCCGCUUAGACCAGGCUCUUCAUAUCCAGCUAUCCACACGUCUACAAUCGACGUCAAUGGAAACCCGAUCUACCCCGCGACGGGAAAGACAAUCAUGGCAACUGAUUUGGAUGCCGACUUUCCAGCAGACGACAAGCCCUGGCGACGCCCCGGGACCGAUAUCACAGACUUCUUCAAUUACGGCUUUGACGAAUUCACUUGGGUUAGCUAUUGCUUGAAGCAGCAAGAGGUGCGCAAGGAGGUUGGAGAUCAGAAGAAACAAAUGGACGACAUGUCAUCCUUCUUGGGCAUGGGGAUGCCCCCAAUGCCAGGUGCAGCUCCCGGUCCUGGUGCGCCAGGACCUGGUGCACCUCCUAUGGCUGGUAUGCCGGGAAUGCCAGAUAUGAAUUCCGAUAUGAUGCAGGGUAUGCUCGCGUCGAUGAUGGCCCAGGGACUUGAUCCAUCGUCCAUGGACCCAAUGGCAUUCAUGCAACACGCGCAGGGGAUGAUGGGUGGUCAGCCUGGUGGAGGCCAGCAAGGCCAGCCUGGCUUCGGUGGACAAGGACAGGGACAGGGCUUUGGACAAGGAGGACAAGGUCAGAUGGGAUACGGCGGGUAUGAGCAGCGCGGCAACUAUGGUGGAGGCCGUGGGCGUGGCCGGAGAUGGUAG